ACCUCUUCCUUUUUUUUUUGUUAGAAUUUCGGUGAUUUCUACUUAUUUUUGCUAGCAUGGCAAAGUAUGAUAUGAAAUUGUAUUCAUUCUCUUUGCCUUUUAUGGAUCUGUUAUAAUGAGAAGAGAAAACUCCUCCUAAAGACUUAGAAGAGAAGAAUUAUGUUUAUUAAUUACAUCUCCAAGUAGAGAUUGUGAGAAAGUAACUAGUAAACAUGGAUGACAAAGGAUUUGAAAAUGCCUAUUAAAGCAUCCUGGAGUUUUGGAGAUAUAUAUUUAUAUAUUAGAGAAACUAUAACAGACUAGUGGUGACUGGUGAUUAAUAGACUUUAUAGCAUGUUUAAAUCAGUUUCUCUAUUCUGACAUUCGGAAACUACUCCUCGAAACUUAUCAUUCGGAAUUGAUUUUGACUUUUGAAUCAAUUGUUAAGAUAGGAAUUGGUUGUCAAAAACAAAAACACUAGUUUCCAAGUUCAGGAAUCUUCAGUUGCCAUGUUUCAUCUUUGGAGCAAUUCUCAACAGGACCAAGAAAAGGACGAGCUUAAUGCUGAAUCCAAGAUUAGAGAGCUCAAGGGUGCAAUUGGGCCCUUAUCAGGAAAUAGCUUGAAGUACUGCACUGAUGCUUGUUUGAGGAAAUAUCUGGAAUCUCGCGACUGGAAUGUAGACAAGUCCAAGAAGAUGUUGGAGGACACACUGAGGUGGAGAUCAACCUAUAAGCCUGAGGAAAUUCGUUGGCAUGAGGUUGCAAUGGAAGGGGAAACAGGGAAAGUGUACAGAGCAAGCUUUCAUGACAGACAAGGAAGAGUUGUUCUUAUUUUGAGACCUGGAAUGCAGAACACUUUUUCAAUGGAGAAUCAGAUAAGGCAUCUUGUGUAUCUUAUGGAAAAUGCCAUGCUUAACCUUCCACUCGGUCAAGAGCAAAUGGCAUGGUUGAUAGACUUCAAUGGAUGGUCAUUGACGAACAGUGUGCCCAUCAAAACAACAAGAGAAACCAUCAACAUUCUACAGAAUCACUAUCCCGAGAGGCUUGGCAUAGCAUUUCUUUACAACCCUCCUCGAGUUUUUGAAGCUUUUUGGAAGAUAGUCAAGUACUUCAUGGAUACUAAGACAUUUCAGAAGGUGAAGUUUGUCUAUUCUGAGAAUAAAGAUAGCGUGGAGCUCAUGAGGUCUUACUUUGAUGAGGAAAAUCUUCCCAAAGAACUAGGUGGAAAAAGCUUAAUGAACUAUAACCAUGAGGAGUUCUCCAAAUUAAUGACUCAGGAUGAUUUAAAAUGUGCAGCAUUUUGGGAAUCUGAGGACAUGCACUCAAACCACAUUUCUAAAGGGCAUUUUUCCGCAGAGGUUGCUCCUGAGCCAGUUUGCAAUGGAAGUUCAGCAACAUGAGGCACUCAACCUCUUGUUAACUUGGUGGAGAUAUAAACACUAAUCAUCACUAAGCCAUUAACUCAGGGCACAUCAGUAGUUUAGUUAUUACUGCUAAGAAGGAUUAAUAAUACAUUUAUCCUUUGUUUAUUGUAUCUCUAUUCCAUGCGGAUAAGCUACAAUUGUUCCUUAGGAAGCAGACUUAGCUCAAGCUGCAGCCUGCAGGGACUUGAGAAAACAUGGCAAUGUUGAUGAUUAAGUGUGUUUCCAAAUGUGUUUGCACUAAUGCAAAUAGAAUUUUACACGCACUUUUAAAUAAAAAAAAAUGAACAAUUUAUCA